GACAGUAGGAAGAUGGCGGCGGCCCCGCUGUACUGUGUCUGCCGGCAGCCUUACGAUGUGAGCCGGUUUAUGAUCGAGUGCGACAUCUGUAAAGACUGGUUUCACGGCAGCUGUGUGCAGGUAGAAGAGCAUCAUGCCGUGGAUAUCGAUGUCUACCACUGUCCCAACUGUGAUGUGGUACAAGGACCCUCCCUGAUGAAAAAGCGCAACAACUGGCACAGGCACGACUACACGGAGGCAGACGAUGGAUCCAAGCCGGUGCAGGCCGGCACUCCAAUGUUCGUAAAGGAGCUACAGAGCAGGACCUUUGCCAGUGGCGAGGAGAUCCUCAUGCGGAUGAAGGGCGAGCAGGUGACAACCAGGUACCUGGAGAGACACGGCUUCAGCUACCCCAUAGGGGUCACCGAGAUGGAGGGACUGGGACUCAAACUACCCAGUCCGACUUUCUCUGUCAAAGAUGUGGAGCAGUAUGUGGGUGGUGACAAAAUCAUCGAUGUGAUAGAUGUGGCCCGGCAGGCGGACAGCAAAAUGAAGCUAAGCGAGUUUAUCAAGUAUUUCACCACACCGCAGCGACCGAAAGUCCUCAACCUCAUCAGCCUGGAGUUCUCAGACACAAAGAUGUCGGAGCUGGUGGAGGUUCCCGACGUGGCUCAGAAGAUGUCCUGGGUGGAGAACUACUGGCCUGAUGACUCCUUCUUCCCAAAACCCUUUGUCCAGAAGUACUGCCUUAUGGGGGUCAAGGACAGCUACACAGAUUUCCACAUAGACUUCGGAGGCACCUCUGUCUGGUACCAUGUUCUCUGGGGUGAGAAGAUCUUCUACUUGAUCAAGCCCACCCCCACCAACCUUGCACUAUAUGAGGCAUGGAGCUCCUCGCCCAAUCAGAGUGAAGUGUUCUUUGGGGACAAAGUGGAAAAGUGCUACAAGUGUGUUGUGCCCCAAGGAAUCACCCUGCUCAUCCCUACAGGCUGGAUCCAUGCUGUUCUCACCUCUCAGGAUUGCAUGGCGUUUGGAGGGAACUUCCUUCACAACCUCAAUAUUGGCAUGCAGCUCAGGUGUUAUGAAAUGGAGCGUCGUCUGAAAACUCCAGACCUCUUUAAGUUUCCGUACUUUGAGGCCAUCUGUUGGUAUGUGGCCAAGAACCUCCUGGAAACAUUAAAAGAGCUACGAGAGGACAACUGUCCGCCGCCGACCUACCUGGUAGAAGGAGUCAAGGCUUUAAUCGGUGCACUGAGGACGUGGUUGAAAAGAGAGGUGACUGAGCCCUCCAGUGAGGUACCAGACAAUAUCAGGCCAAACCAUCUUAUUAAAGAGCUGACCAAGGAAAUCCGCUACCUGGAGGAGGAACCGGUCAAUGGUAGCAAGCCAGUGAAAUCUCAGGGAAAUGUGUGUGGAGUAGCGUCCGGAUCAAACGGUUGCCCGGCCACUCGCUCCACGCUUGACAAGAUGUGCCAGGCCCGACGGGCGAGGAGGGCAGCCAGGAGGCUGAGGGAGCAGCAGCGACAGGCCCCCAAACUGCCCACCAACCUGGACAUCUUAGAGCAGCACACCAUGGAGGUGCUGAAGAGGCUGGAGGUGGGACCGCUGGAGGAGGAUGCGGCGUUCUGUGCCAAGGUUCAUGGAAAGCUCAACAAAGUGUCAACAGCAUCAGCUGCUGCUGCAGAGUCUUUGGACGACAACCACCUGCGGCUAAUGCUGGUCAACGGCAGAAUAAUCAGAGAUUUAAGGCGGCCAGCCAGCAGCCCGGUGAAGACGGAGGGUGAGAGAUCAUCUGACAGCCAAGGCCCACCAAAGAGCUGUGUGUAUGUGAAGUCUGAGAGGACGCAGGAGGGUAAAGAGCAGCACAGCACGGUGGAGAAACCCACACUCCUCAGGGGUCUGGAGAGGAUUAAGACUGAACUCAGGGAAGAAGCCUCCGGACACUCAAGUGUGUCGGACUUGGAGUCAGACAGCGACUCGCCCACAGAGCGCAAAGGAUCAUCGUCGUCGUCUUCGUCGUCGUCCUCGUCGUCGUCAUCAUCCUCGUCGUCGUCCUCGUCUGGGGAGGAUUCAGACAGUUCCCAGGAGGAGGAGGAAGAGGAGAGGGGCUCAUCUCAGCAGAAAGGCUCAGGGCACACCAUAGAGCUGGACCAGUCUGGCCAGAAACUCAGGCACAAACACAAACCACUCAAACGAGAACGUCCUACCUCACCCGGCACAGAAGAGGCCAUUCAGGGGAUGCUGUCUAUGGCCGGUCUGCUGUGCUCCUCUGAGCAGGAGAAGGUAGGCUCGUCCCAGGAGCCCUGGUGGUCCAGCUCUGCCCAGAGCUCGCCGCUGGAGCAGAGGGAGGCAACGCAGCAUCAGCACCAGCACCGACUGCAGCCGGAGAAGAGCCCGAUGGACAGCCAGGGCAACAGCAGCGAGGCCUGGGACAAUCAGGGGAUCCCCAGCCCAGAGACAGACUACCAGUACUGUGACCCCUCAAUGUCGCCACCUCUGCACCCCUCCAAGAGACACGCCCCAAACCCCCCACCCAUCAGCAAUCAGGCCACCAAAGGCAAGAGGCCCAAAAAAGGAAUGGCCACAGCCAAGCAGAGACUGGGAAAGAUCCUCAAACUCAACCGACACAAUCGCGUCUUUGUCUAGCACUCCAAACCUUCGAAACCUGCAAAAAGAAGUUGGGA